GGUUGGAGGUCUUAUCUACCCAGUACCCACCCACUUCAUACGCGUCGAAUUUGACUAUUGUGGUCGUAUUAUAUCUCCGUUUCUUCAAGUUUCUCCGGGAAAAUUUUGUUUGGGGUCGGUUGACUCUGCAACUUCACUAGACUUUGGGGGGAAAUUAGAUCUUCGCCAAUUAAGCGAAGCAUUUCCGCUGAAGAUUUGUUGGGCGAGUUGAUUCUCUUGCCGGGAUGGGGGAUGGGGCGGCGCCUUCUCGAUAUGUGAAAUUGACGAAAGAUCAAGCACCUUUGGAAGAGAUCAAGCCGGGUGAGCUUAACCAGCCCAUCGAAGUUCCUCAGCUAAAUGUUCGUAAAUGCAACGAGUGUGGACAGCCUCUACCUGAAAGCUUUGAACCUCCAGCCGAUGAACCUUGGACGACUGGGAUUUUUGGCUGUGCUGAAGAUACCCAAAGUUGCUGGACUGGACUGUUCUGUCCAUGUGUUUUGUUCGGGCGCAAUGUUGAAAGCUUGAGAGACGAUGAUAUGGACUGGACAAGGCCGUGCGUGUGUCAUGCUAUUUUCGUUGAAGGUGGCAUUGCUUUGGCGACAGCGACUGCAGCACUCCAUUGCAUUGAUCCAAACACGACUUUUCUCAUUUGUGAGGGAUUAAUGUUUACCUGGUGGAUGUGUGGCAUAUACACUGGACUCGUUCGCCAAUCUUUGCAAAAGAAGUAUCAUCUUAAGAACUCCCCGUGCGAUCCUUGCAUGACGCAUUGCUGCCUGCACUGGUGCGCUCUAUGUCAAGAACACAGGGAGAUGAAGGGACGUCUGGCCGAUAACUUUGCUGUGCCAAUGACCAUCGUGAACCCGCCACCCGUUCAAGAAAUGAAGUCGGAGAACGUCGGUGAAGGCACAGCACCAUCUUCCAGUGCCAGCAAUGGCCGGACCAAUCUGGAAAUGCAAGCUUUGUAGAUUCCUUGAUAGAGAUCCAACUACACCACCACCACAGCAAAAGUUAGUACAUUAGAUAUUUUCAGUGAGGUUUUGUGGGACUCGGACCACCCUAUACUCAGUCUUAUAAAGUUGAAUCAUUUAUAUUUUAAAUUCCUUAAAUAUUUGAUUUUUUCUUUUUUUCGACCCGAUGAGCUGACUCGGCUGAGUUAUAUCCUGGUUGAUUGGUACUGUGGACACCGUAGAUUUUGUGGUGCAAUUUUUUGGGGACGUUCAUGCUGAAAUAUUAUGGCCGUGGCCUUUGCUUGCCGAUA